AUGACCGUCAUCUUCCCUCUGAUGGCAGCGAUCGGCUUCCGCUCCGACCCCCAUGAACCACUGCAUACGAUCGCGUCAGAUGCCGCCGCCUUGCACAUCAAUGCGUUCGCCAUGGAUGGGUUCAUCGACAAAAUCCUACGCCGGCAGGGUCUGGGCCUGGUUCCGGGUCAGGGUCAGGAAAAAGAAAAAGAAUCAAAAUCAAAAUCAACCCUCAACCCAGCCGCGAUGCUGCAUCUCCAGAAAGGGCUGAGACUUCUCCGUGAGAGGCUUUUGGCCCAAGACGACGACGACACAAAGCUCUCGGAUUCCACCAUUAGCACCGUCGUGAAGCUGGCCAGCGCCGCACACUUCGACGGGGACUCGCACACCGCCAGGCAGCAUAUGGACGGGCUCCGCAAAAUGGUCGCCUUGAGGGGCGGGAUGGAUGUUUUCAAACACCGCAAGCUCCAGACCGAGAUGUUAAGGUAA